AUGAAGAGCAAACCAUAUUCUAGGCUUGUGGGGAGCUUGAUGUAUGCUCAGGUCUAUACUAGACCUGAUUUGGCUUUCGCAGUAAGUGUGUUAGCUAGGUUUCAGUCCAAUCCAGGACAUGACCACUGGAUAGCUGGGAAGAAAAUCUUAAGGUACUUGCAGAAAACCAAAAGUUAUAGCUUGGUUUACCGAAUAGUGAGUGAGCUUGAAGUUGAAGGCUUUUUAGAUGCAGACUUUGCAGGGGAAUAUUCUGAUUCUAGAAAGUCAACUUCCGGCUAUGUAUUCAUGCUUACUGGAGGAGCCAUAGCUUGGAAGAGUGUAAAGCAAACGCAAAUUGCAACCUCCACUGUGAUGGCAGAGUACAUUGCCAUCUAUGAAGCAAUGUGUCAAGGAUUGUGGUUGAAGAACUUCUUGCAGCAGACCAAGUUAGUGAGCUCCAUUAUUUCCAAACCAUUGAAAGUACACUGUGACAACUUAGCUGCAGUUUACUUUACCAAGAACAAUAAAAGAUCAACCAACUCCAAGCAUAUAUAUUGA